ACUGUUGGAUAUAUAUAAAAAAGCGCGCAACGAUUGUAUGCCUUAUUUCAGUUGAAUCCUUUCGCGUAACAUAACGUCUGUGAUUACAACGAAGAAAAUAUUUUCAACUAUGCCGCCAAUUAAUAUUCCACCAAAAAUCAAUGAUAAACCUUUAAAGAAAGCCAGUGGUAAGGCUCAAAAAAAUAUCAGUAAGACCGAUAAGAAGAAAAAAAGAAAGAGGAAAGAAAGUUAUGCGAUUUAUAUUUACAAAGUAUUGAAACAAGUACAUCCAGAUACUGGAAUUUCCAGUAAAGCUAUGAGUAUUAUGAAUAGUUUCAUUAAUGACGUUUUUGAACGUAUUGCUACGGAAGCAUCAAGAUUGGCUCACUAUAAUAAACGUUCGACUAUUACAUCUCGGGAAAUACAGACUGCUGUACGAUUAUUACUUCCUGGUGAGCUCUCCAAACAUGCUGUUAGCGAAGGUACCAAAGCAGUUACUAAAUACACUAGCUCCAAAUGAAUUGAAAUAUUUCGAACUUUUAGGGCCAAAAAUUUUUUCCCUCGUAAAAUAAAUUCUCAUAUGUUUAUUAUUUAUUAAGAGGAAUUUUACAAUUAUAUGAAAUAGAAUAAUAUGUAUAUGUAUCUUUAACG